AUGCCGCCGCCUACACCUCUUUCUCACAGGGAUAUGGCCUCAGAUGGCCCGCGAUGUUACGUAGGAGUGUGCACCUUUCAGAAUCAAGGAAAGAAUGCUGAGAACCAGGAUUCCUACAUCGCCACUGAAAAUGGCACAAAGAGCUUGGUGGCUGUUCUGGAUGGUCAUGGAGAGCAAGGCAAGAGAGUCUCAGAGUUUGCCCGUUCGCAGUUGGCCAAGAACCUCUAUGCCAGCAAGGAUCUCUAUACCAAGCCUGCCGUGGCGAUGGAGAAUUCCUUUGCAGAGACACAACGUAGCAUUGAGCGAAGCCAUGCCAUCGAUGCACAGCGUUCGGGGACGACGGCUGUGGUUUGCUAUCGGCAUCGCGAUCACUUGGUAGUGGCCAAUGUGGGUGACUCACGAGCAGUACUUGGGAGAUGUAGCUCGAGAGAGGGCGAUGGUCGCAGCUUGAGAGCAGUGGACCUCUCCAGUGACCAGCGGCCUAUGCGGGAGGAUGAAAGAACUCGCAUACUGCAGCAGGGCGGUCUGGUCCACCAGAGUGCGAUUCCAAUGCGCCAAGGCUUCGGACCGCCUGUACUUGUGCGAGUUGGGCCAGAGCGUGUUUGGGACAAGACUGGCCGUUGUGGCCUGUGCGUGACGCGGUCACUAGGACCAGCAAGGGACAUGGAUCGUUCUAAUUGUGGAAGCCAUUUCUCUUCUCGAAAUGCGCUUUUCCGACACUUGCACCACGACGGCUGCGGUGGAAAGCGAAAGCGCAGCCGGCGGCUCUUGUUGCUUUACGGCUACGUGGGAACACGCUUUCACGGGAGCCAGUUAAACGCAGACGAGUCACGUUUUCCGACAGUAGAAGGGGCGUUGCUGGAGGCUAUCCGGCGCGCAGAGAUGGCACAACACAAUGUUUUUUCAUGCCAAGUAGAGGUGUGCUCCCGCGCAUCUAGAACCGACAAAGGUGUUCAUGCAUUGGCCAGCGCCGUGUGCCUACGCAUCACCCAACAAAGUGAGGGUGACUUGAAAUCUUCACAGCAGGAGGCCUUCUCUGAAAUUGUCGGUCAACACCUCCCGCCUGACAUUAGAUUGGUUCAAGCAUUUGAUGUGCUGGACGCUCAAUUCAAUGCCCGCUUCGCUUGCCAAAAGCGUGAAUAUUGGUAUUAUAUACCUUAUCAGCAUUUACUUCACCCAAAGGAACAAACGAUGAUGGCCAAGUUAAAAGCCGAAGGCACGUCUUCAAAUCAUCCUUGUGCAUGCCGUGUUUGGGUAUCAGGGUUGCCUGAAUCAGCAAACAACGAUCAGCUUUUCGACUUGGUGGAAACUCUGCGGAGCAAGGAGGAUUUGCCAAAAGGGCGGCUGCUUGAUGUGCAGUUUUCGCGGAAAGACUGUUCCGCAAUGCUUUCUUUUGAAGAUGCCCGGUCGGCCUUGUGCCUUUGUUGGAACUUGGAUGGUACAGAGGGUCCAGUGGACAAAACUGGCUAUAGAAGUCCUUUGCUGGCCUUGCCUGAAUCCAUAAUGCAGAUACUGCAAGAGGUACACAAGCGUUUGCGCUCCUCGCUCAAGAGAUUAACCGGCACAAGAUCAUUCCAUAACUUUAGUCCAGGCUUUGCUGAUGCGUUGGACCCAAAAAGUAUUCGUAGCGUAUAUCGCUGCAGAUCAGGCGUGACAACUGGUUUCAAGGACUUUCUGCGUGGCAAGGCCUUUGCAGUGCUUCGGAUCACCGGCAGAGACUUCCUAUAUCAUCAGAUUCGUGGUAUGGCAGGUCUGGUUUGUGCUGUAACCUUGGGAAUCGUGCCGGAGGCCUACUUGGAACUUGCCCUCGGCGAAACGCAGAUUGAAGUGCCAUUGGCACCAGCUGGCCACCUUGUCCUGGCCGAAUGCUUUUUUCGGGAUGGCCUGUUUGGUUGCCCCUUUGGUCAGGCCAAUCGGGAAGAGCGAGACAAGGCCGGAGGCCGGCGAGGUCUCCCCGGGCCUGCAGCAUGUGCCCAAGAAGUGAUGUGUAGGAGAGUUGUAGAUGAAAUGUGCAGCCCCUCCUUCCAAGAAGUCUUUCAGAAGUUUGCAGACAGACUUCUUGGAGAGCAAGGAACAAGAAUGAGACAGUUGUUUAGUGAUAAUCAGCCAAGCAGAGAGAAGUGA